ACGUUCCACCGUGUACGUAUCCUAUAUAUAUUUUGUACUAUCUCAAGUUGAAUAUCAUUUUUUUUUUUUUUUUUUUUUUUUUUGACAUAGCAUAUGAAUUUUAACCUUUUAACAUGCAAAAUUCCAAUAAUAAAAUUUUCGAAUAAUUUGUUGAACUCUUGGACAAUUUCUUUCGAAUACUUUCUGCUCUGAGAUGACAUCUUGGACUAACAAACUAGUAUUCAUUCAUUGACGCUAAAUUACAUUCGAAAUAAGAAUAAUUUGGAUUUAAUUUCUUAUCAAAAUGACUUCAGAAGAUGAUGCUUGGGCUCAAACUCUUAUCACGGUAACGCCAGAAGACAGUGCGACGUUAAGAGAAAUUUCGGAUACGGUGACAGUGUCGUCAACGCCAGGCAUAAACUUGGCCCUUGAUCCUGAUGAUAUUGUAUUUAGACAAACGUUUAUCCAUAGACAAUUUGUAGAUUCUAAAGAAACAGGAGAUGAAGAACCGAAAGCACUAGAAAAACCAAUAGACGAAAUCGAACGCAAGUCCAAAGAGGAUGCAGAAAAUCAAACGUACUUACAAGGAAUACCAGUUGUACGCAUUUCUAUUGAAUAUCGAGACGAAGCCUCGCAAACAAUGUACAUGAGCACGCCCUGUCCUCCUUUAAAAUACUUUAGGGAUAUAAUGACGUCAAUGAAGGAAGGUCCUAUGCCCGAGUUGAAGAGAAGCAAUGCGACAGCAACUAUUAUUAGCUUCUAUCCCGAUACACCGCAAAAUGUUGUGAUGGAACAAUUGUCCGUGGACAUCGCAGACGAAGAACGCGAAGAAUUCCAAUCCAAACUCAACACCGAAGAAGAAACAGAAAUGGAAGUUACUGAGAUUUUGCAUUUUUUACUAGCGCGUGCAUUCUGGAUAGACGAUCCGACUAGUCAAGCGCAACCAGAAAUUUCUGACAAAGCGACACAGACUUACAUUAAAUAUAAUAAUCGUACGAAAAUCUUGGUCAUAGAUAGUCAAGUGCAAACAGAUUUGAGUUGCGAACCGAAACAAUCUAACACGAUGCUUCUAACAGAUUAUUGGGAAACAAAGAAAAUGAUCUUACGUUAUUUGGAAGAUUGUAUUUCUACAGGAGUCGACGUUAGAAUUAUAAUAGACGAUAUAAUAGACGAAAUUGUGAAUAAAUGUGCCGAAAUAGUUAGAUAUCCCAUGAAGGAGCAAAUUGUACAAACUGUAGCUACGUACAAAGUAGACCACGAGAAAGAGGAAGAUGUGUUGAGAAAACUGAAACUCGAUAUAAUCGUAGAUCCUUUAGAAUCAUCAAUUAUUGUCAUACCUUUGAUGGACAGUCUGUUAGAAAUGACUUGCGAUGUUAUACACAAAAAUGCCGUUGAAACCAUUAAAAUCAUUUUAGAUGGAAUUAUUCAACGAACAAUGACUAUUAUUGCAAAACUUGUACAACUACAGAAGCAAGCACAGCGUAAAUCGAUAGAUCAAUUAUUGGCUAAGAGAAAGAAAAAAAUUCUUGAAUUAAUGUCAAAGAAAGAAACUGAAACAAUUUCUACGCAGACAAGUAUAGCUGCUAUUUCUGAAGUCAAAAAAAUCAAAAAGUCCAAGGAAGUUCUAUGUUCCGUCUGUAGAAGGCAAUCAAUGUGCCAAUGGUGUUUAAACGAUCAAGAACUUCACAUUCCACAAGAGGAAAUUAAGAUACUUCGUACACAAGAUAUACUGCUAGCAUAUAAACCCUGUUAUAUUGUCACUAAAGUAACUGAAAAGGACGAAAAUCUUCAACUACCUUGCCUUUCACAGAUAAAGUUCAAACCUCCCGCACAAUCUUCUUUAAAAGAAGACUCAGUUGGGGAAUCUCGUCAUACAAUUUGUGUAUUCGUACAACCUGACAAAAAAAUCGAACCUCAAGAAUCUUUUAAUGAAUGGUCUUACAUAACAGAUGCUACGAUAAUGAAAUCAUGUUCAAUCAAAGAAUCCGUGAGUAGUUCGAGUCAGACAAUCACAACUUUGUUAGAUCAACCAAUUUGUCCAGCUUCUUCCAGCUAUCAUAGUACAUUAACUUCCCAAGCGGCGAACGCCUUACAAAUAUUGAAAAAUACAUUUUGUACUCGAGAAAACUGUAUUAUUUCCUCGCAGCAGACUAUGAAGCAUUUUUCGUUUGCGGAAAAUGAAGACGUGUAUACCAAAUCGACUUGUAGUCUAUGUUUAAGUACAAAUAACAUAAGUAAUAAAAUAAAUGAACAAAAAAUCUCUUGCAUGCAACAAACCUGUAAAACUUUUUCAAAACUACAUUUGCCCAAUACAAAUACUUCUAGCAACUGUACUUCUUCUCGCAUUCCUAUGAAAUCAGAUGGAGAUGGUUUUAAAAUUAUUCCUAUAUACCUCUCUCAAGAGGUACUUGUACCUAAUAAUUGCAAGAAUUAACAUAAUGAGUAUUUCCAUGAAUGCAUUUAUAUUACAACAAUUAAUACAUUUUUAAAAUGUUUAUUUAUUCUUAACAUAUUUUUAAAAUAUCAUCAGAUCAAUCUAUAUGCAUUAUAAUACGCUUAUAUACUGCAUCACUAUAUGUAUAGUAUAAUAUGUACAUUCAGUAAAUACAUAAUAAACCUUCCUAAAGAUAAUUAUACAAAGUA